CUCCCCGGUUGCUACGGCGCGCGCGGUUUUCCUUCUCUCUCCCAACGCUCGAGUCCGGCCGCCGCCUAGGGUUUAGGGUUUUGCGCCGCCGCCGCCGCCGCCGCCGCCGGGAUGGAGGCGCUCCGGGAGGCGGAGGCCGAGCUGACGGUGUACGUGCACCCCUCCAACGCCGCCGACGUACGCCGCGCCGUCUCCCGCCAGCUCAGCACCACCCUCUUCUCGUAUGAAGAUCGCUUUGAAGGCGUUUUGCUAGCUCAUGAGGUUGUUGUGAAUGGUGAUCGAGCGAAGAUUCUGAAUGGUUUGGUACCAUAUUUCGGUGUACCGGUCCAUGCGAAUCUGCUGCUCUAUUCUCCCCAACCAGACAUGAUCCUUGAAGGGAAGGUUGAACUGCUUGGGAAGGAAUCAAUUCAUGCCAUUGUGCUAGGGGUUUUCUCAGCCGCCAUCAUGGCAGAUGAUAUUAAUGAGAAGUUCAAGUUCAAAAGAAAAGGAGAUGGAGGAAAAUUCAUAAGCCGGUCGGACAGACAUCAUGUGAUUAGAAAGGGAAGCAUGAUACGGUUUUCUGUAAAAAGGGUGGAUACAGAAAUGAAUUGUCACAUAACUGGAUCUUUGCUCCCACCACAUACUGGAUCCAUGCCUUGGCUAUCAACUCAUGAUGCUGAAUAUGCAUCAGAAAUCAGCAGUGGUACAAGGAGACCAAGCAAUGUUGGGAUUAAAAUUAAGAAUGAACAAGAUCACAAAACAUCGGACAAUGAAGAUAGCGUCAUAAAUUCGGAACGGCCACACAAAAAGUCCCGAAAGAGGGCUUGGGAAGAAUGAUGCCAUUCUAAAGUUUACAAGAACUUCAUUGAAAUGCAAAGUUUUUGCUCUUAGUUUGGUGCAUAGUAAGCUACAAUGAAGAGCACUGGCUUGUUUUGGGGACAUGCAAUUGCUCGUGCUGCCGGGGGAUACUCACUGGAGAGAAGACGACGCCGAUGCUCCAUUUCAGUAGGUAGUUCUUUUGCCUGGUUGGUUCAGAAGCUAUGAUCCCCAACUGUAAUCGACCAGAUAAAAGUUGUCAUUUUUUGCCAACAGAUGAAUUCAUGAUGUAGUGUUUACACCAGCAAAGAACAUCCUGAUUCCUGAUUCCUGAUUUCUGAUGUACAAAACAAUGAUAAGUGCAAGAAAACUUGGGUACUACUACAUCACAAGUCUGUUCAUUUGGCAAA